CAGGGAAACAAACACAGAGGGCUCUGGGGAACACCAAGCAGAGCACAGAGCUUUUUGGGGACCACCAGACAGCACCCGGAGUGCUCGGGGUGGGGUGGGGGGGUGUCUGCAGAGCAAAUUGAAGGGUCAAGCAGACGGCCCGAGGGCAUUUCCACACAGACGGGCUCCAGGGACAACGAGAAGCAAACGGAGGCCUCCGCGGUGGUGGUGGUGGUGUGUGGGGGGGGAACAUGGAGGCGCCAACGGUUGCGCGGACCCCUGACAGGCAGUCAGCGGCUGGGGAGGGGGAGGCGGUCAGUACCUAAGCAGCUCGGCUCUGGCGUUUCUCCCUCCGAGGAGGAGGGAUCUGACCGCUGCUCCGCCGGUGCGAGAGGGGCGCGGGAACCACCGGCAGCGGAUGGGCACCCCAGCGGGGGUGAGGGGGGGAAACCCUGGGAGGGAAACCGUGAGGGAGGCCCCUCACGUCGCACCCGCCCGCGCCGCCGCCCGCCGCCCGCCUGAGGGACCGCGCCCCGCCCCCCGCCGCAGCCGUUGCGCCCGGCGCGCGCGCGCCGAUUCGAACCCGGGGUGGGGCGGGCGGGGAGGGCGGAGCUCCCGAUUGGUCACCGUCCCGCCGUCCCGCUCGCCCAUUGGCUGGAAGGCGAAGGAGGAGGCGGGGCGCAGGCGGGCGGCCUUGCCUGAGGCGGCGAGGCCCGGCCGCGGUGUUAGGAUGAGUUUCCGCACCCCCGGCGGCCCCGCUGCCUCCCCCGCCCCGCGGCCCCUCGGCACCCCCGGCACCCCCGUGCUGUCCGAGUCCCUCCGUAACGACGAUGAGCAGGAGAGGCGGCAGCGCCGGCGCUCGAGGGCGGCCGAUCUCCGGCUGGGCAGCAACGACUCUUCGCUGGGCCUCGCCUCACCCGCCUCCAGGCAGGAGCCGCUGUGGAUGCCGCCCCUCACCCACUGGACCAACUCUCAGAUCUCGGACCAUUACAGCACCUGCAUCAAGCUCUCCGCCGAGAACAAAAUCACCACGAAGAAUGUCUUUGGCUUACACCUGAUAGACUUUAUAGGCAACAUCCUGAAACAGAAGGAUACUGAAGACACCAACUUCAAGAUGGCAGCUGGCACGCUCGAAGCCAGUGCAAAGAUUUACUCCGUGCGCGUGGAUGUGGUCCAUACAGAUACAUACAAAGUUCUUGAGGGCUUGGACAUAGAUUCGGCACCUAGAAAAAACGAGGAUAGCCCAGAAGAAGACAAUCCAGCUUCUGAGGCUGUCAAGAAGGUUCAGACGAAGAAAAAACACUUGUUAAAAACCAUCGAGCAGAACUUGAAUAACAUCAAUGUGCCGGAGAAUAAUCACAGAUGUGAGAUUGAUCCCAUGUUCCAGAAAACAGCUGCAUCUUUUGAUGAAAACGGCACAGCCGGCAUUUUCCUCAUCAGGCUGCAUACCCAAAGCUGCCACAGUGAGCUCCUCUUUGACUCGGAGAUCGUGCCUCUCCCUUCCUCAGAGACGCUCACGCUGCCAGACUCUGGUCCUGUGAACGUGACGGAUUUAAAGCCCCUGCUAGCGCAGUGCAUUGAAAAACGCCUCAUCUGCUCUUCGCUGGCUGGUUUCCAGUUUACAAAGUGGGACGCUGAAUCCCAUGAGGAGUCAGUGGUAGCCCUGUUAGAUAAAUUUAAGAAGAGCAACCAAGUGUUCGAUAUCAAUGCAGAGAUAGACAGCGAUGUGGAAGACUGUGUUCCCACCUUGCCAGAUGACGACUUCAGUUCUGACUCCCCCAGGAAUACAGCAGCAGACAAGGCUGGGGAAUUCACAGAAAACCUUAACUCUCCUAGAACAGUCCACCAGAGCAAGAUAACUGCUGCGGUUCCUUUUGGAGAUGGAGACAUUGCGACCAUGUGCCUUCAUCUCUCCAUGAAACCCAGAGAGUACUCCUACUUCAGUCCCCAAACUCUGUCAAUGUGGGCUGGGCCGGAGCACUGGCGUUUCAAACCUCGACACAAACAUGCUAACUCUGAAAAAGAGACCAAGAAAAGGAGUGCAAAAGAAGCAUUUAAAAUAGACUUUGAUGAGGAUAUUGAUUUUGACACAUAUUUCCGUAAGACCAAGGCAUCUGUAACUCUAGCCAAAACCAUUCUGGAAAGCCAGAAUGUGAGGAGCACCACACUUCCCGCAGACUUCAACUAUGACCCUAACACCCUUCUCCAGCUGUUCCUCAAACCAGCUGUUAAGCUCUGCAGGACGUCAGAGACAGAGAGCUCGUUGGAUCACGAAGAUCAGAUCGGCGAGUACGAUUACAACAACCUCAAUGACACCUCCAAUUUCUGCCCUGCAUUGCAGGCUGCAGACAGCAAUGAUGAUGAUGAACCCGUUCAAUUCGUGGACCAGGCAGGGGAGUUCAACCUUACCACCCAGCCUGAGCUCAACAGGCUUGGCGGCGACGUCAAUAUCACAACGUACGGAGAGCUGAACCUCGUUGCUGAGCCCCGGAAGGUCAAUAAGAUAGCAAUUCAGUAUGCAAAGACAGCCAAGAAAAUUGACAUGAAGAGGCUGAAGAAAGACAUGUGGGACCUCUUGACUGAUGGGUGUAAGAAACAAACAGUGGCAGAGAUGGAGGAAGCAGAGAAGGAGAACACAUCGGUGGUAGUAGGAGAGAAGGUCCUCAGCAACAUCAUGAAGGAACUGCUUCAAAGGCUGCCUUCUGUGAUAGCUGACGAUCUGUCUGUCCCCUUAGCCUUUGUCUGUCUCUUGCAUUUGGCAAAUGAGAAGAAUCUGAAGCUGGAGGGCACAGAGGACCUGUCUGAUGUCCGAGUGAAACAAGAGAACUGAACCCUGUGUGGAGCAGACCCCUGGGCUGACCCACAGGACAGAGCUCAGCCUCCCAGCUGACCAGUGCUCGCUCUGGACCAUCUCACCAGUGCCAGAUUUUUCUCCUCCCAGUGCCAUUGCUGAGAAAUCCCACUGGUCUCUGCACCUCAGGAAGACUUCUAAAUCAAGGAUGUCCUACCUCAGCAGAGGACCUGUACAGAUGGACGGUUGCAGCUCAGCCUGCCUGGCUCCUGCCAUCUUAGAUCCAUCAGCUCUUUCCUGGGUCUGGGUAGCAGAGUUCCUCCCUCUCACUGUGAACCACCGGUGCCUGCGAGCAGAAGGCUCCUCUGUGUAUCACUCACUGUCUGUCCGUAAUCCCCUGUACGUGGACUGACUGUUACUCAUGUUUCCAGUUCCUUCUGUAGUCCUAUUCAUCCCGUGAAGUUAUUUACCUUUUAUACUGAGCUUAAAGAUAAUAAAUUGCUACAGAAUUUGUAGAUGGAGAA